AUGUGUUCCGCGCAGAAGUGGAUGCUUCCGACGUACACUUUGCAGCACGUCGUUGAUUUUUCCACGGUGCUGGCUGAUCUCUUGCGGUGGAGGCCCUACAUCCUGGAAGUUUGCCUGGACCGGAGUGCCGGGGCGGAUAUGGAAACCUUGCAACGCCGCCGGCCCUUCGUGCUGAAGGCAUGCGACGGCUUGGUCUACUUGGCACGCUGUGCAGUUGCCUUGGAGCAGCGAUGCCCCGAAUUGGUGCAUGGUCUUGCUUCGUCCAUGCGGCACCUGGCGGGAGACGCUGACCUCAAGGUGAGCAUUGCUGCUUCGGUGGUGGUCAGAAAACUCGAGAAGGAUUUCGCAGACUCUCAGUGUUUGUGCUGUUACAUAUGCAACCAUCGCGAUCACGGGAGUUUGAGCUGGUUCAAGCACCCAGUGUCCCUCUGGUCUUUGUCAGACCCCAUGCUGGGUCCAAGCGUCAUUGGGCUCACGAACCGUGGCCUGCGUGCCACGCGCCAGUUCCAACGCGUGUGGCGCCAACACAGGGGCCUCACAUCCCAAACUUUGGAUGUUGUCAGGGACACCCUUCCCUUGGUUGCAGAAGCUGGAACGGGCUUCACCAGCCACUUCUACAAGCGCAUGUUCGCAGCGCACCCCGAGUUGUUGAACACUUUCAACCUCGCAAAUCAGAGCCAGGGGAGACAGCAGAAGGCCCUCUUCUCUGCCGUAGCGGCAUCUGCAGUAUCUGUGCUUGAGCAAGGCACACUUCCAGUGGAGCUGAUGGAGGGAGUGAACCAGAAACACUGCGCCCUGAACGUCACCUCCGCCCAAUACGACGUCGUGGGAGAACAUAUCCUCGGAACGAUCACAGACAUGUUAAACCCUGGUCAGGAGGUUUUGGACGCAUGGGCCGAGCUCUACGGAGCCUUAGCGGGAUACUGUGUCAAGCGGGAGGAGGAGUUGUACCAGGCGGCUGAGUCCAAGGCCGGAGGCUGGCGCGGCAUGCGGAAGUUCAGCCUUGUGGAGAAGACGUCGCGGAGCAGCGUCGUCACGGAGUUCAAGUUCAAGCCGGUGGACGGGAAGCCCAUCUGCAGUUACAGCCCAGGGCAGUACACCACCAUUUGGACGUAUCCGACAGGCACCGAGAAGCGACAGCCACGGCAUUACAGUCUCAUCUCCGAGCCUGGCAGUGACCACUACACCAUCGCAGUAAAGAAGGAGAGCCAAGGGCUGGUCUCUUCCUUCCUACACGACCGCACUGCAGUGGGUGACGAAUUCGACCUCUCGCCGCCUUUUGGGAAUUUCAGCGUGGAAGGGGCGCAGGAGCUAUGGACCAAGGAUGCGGAUGCGCCAGUAGUUCUCCUUAGUGCAGGAGUCGGGAUCACGCCUAUGCUCAGCAUGCUGGGGACUUUAAAGAACGGCGCCCAGGCAUCUGAACGGCCCGUGCUGUGGCUCCAUGCAGCAGAAAACGGUCGGCAACACGCCUUCCGCGAUUACAUCACUGGCUUGGCCCGUGCUCAUCCUGAUGAUGUGACGCGCCGCGUCUGGUACAACCACCCCAAUCCGGAUGAUGUCAUGGGUUCCGACAACAAGGCGCCAUUCCACUUCCAGGGAACCAUGGACCUCAACCAGGUCAAGGAGCUGAUUCCACUGGACAAGCAGAAUGCUUUGUACUACUUCUGUGGCCCCAUCCCGUUCAUGAAGUCCAUUGGCCAGCAGCUGCUGCAGAUGGGCGUGGAGAGGUCAGCUCUCAAUUUUGAGGUCUUUGGGCCUAAUGAAGACAUCCUCUGA